UUCUCUUUGGAGCCGUGAAUCUACUUUGGGAUAUUAAAUGCACCAGAAGGCUGAGACCCCGAAACCCCCCGAAAAGAGUCCAGGAUGUACUGGUGCGUGGGAACAGAGGACUCCGAUGCUGAGAGCGAGAGCAACAUGGCAGCUACAGAAGCAACCACAAGCAUGGGUGUCAGGCAGUCCUCAGCCGGCGAUCUCUCCGCGGAUCAGUGUCCCAUAACAGACGCCAUUCAGAAUGCCUACAGAGAUGGAGAAUUUGGGAAGGCCCAAGAGUUGGUUAAAGCGGCCUGCCAAGAGAGCAUCUCACUCGUGGAAAAGGGUCACCUCUUAAGCCUUUCAGCCGCCUUUGGGGACCUGCAGACAGUGAAGUAUUUACUGGUAGAGGGACGUGUGAUGGUGCCCCUUGAACCCAACGAUGACCACCCUGCGGUGGUGGCAGCCUAUUUUGGCCACAAGGAUGUUACCCAAGAGCUUCUUGAUUCUGUCCUUGGUUCUUCCAACAUCUUGCAGCUUCUGAACUGGGUGCUCGCCAUUGCCUGCCAGCAAGGCCACCUGGAAAUAGUCAAGCUGCUGGUCCUGACGUACAAAGCAGACCCCGACAGCUAUGCGGUACGGAGGAACGAAUUCCCCACUCUUAUCCGAUUGCCUUUGUAUGCAGCCAUAAAAGCAGGAUAUGAAGACGUUGCCACCUUCUUGCUUGAGAACGGGUCUUUCUUUUGCUCCUAUGUCCUGAUGGACUGCCCUGGCACAAGCAAGCGCCUCCUGCAGCAAUAUUUUGUGGAAACGACAGCCUCAUCCAGGAGUAGUGCACCUGCAAAAACAGGUCUCCUGGUGAACUGGUCACGCUUGAGGCUCCCUUGGGUGGACCUGGACUGGCUGAUGGACGUCUCCCACCGGGUGACCGAGCUGCACCUCUCCACCAACCACCUCGCCACACUGCCCUCUGCCCUCCCUUGGGGGCUGGUCAACCUCCAGAAACUGAGCCUUAAUGAGAACCGGUUGCGCGAGCUGCCUGUUGUGCACUCGUCGGAUGAAAUCAUGUGCACCAAAUUACUUGAGGUCGACAUCUCCAACAACAGGUUUCUCAGCCUCCCUUCAGGCUUCUUGCACCUUUGCAGACUCCAAAGGCUUCUGGCUGCCAAGAAUUAUUUGGAGACGUUGUUUGAUGAAGAGGAUGGCAUCAACUGGAUUGGGUUGAGGAAGCUGCAGGAGCUGGAUGUCUCAGACAACAGGCUGUCAGAGUUACCAGAUCCAUUUCUUCACUGCCUGAAAUCGCUGAACGUCCUCAAUGUCUCUAGAAACAAACUGAAGAUGUUUCCUCAGCCAUGGGCCUGUCCCUUGAAGUGUUGCAAGGCAGCUCAAAACGCAUUGGAAUCUCUCCCUGACACUCUGGCUGUUUUUUGGAAAAAUCACCUGAAGGAAGUAGAUUUUUCCGACAAUGUUCUGAAGGAGGUCCCGCUCUGCCUUUUCCAGCUGGAAGCUUUGGCCUUCCUGAAGCUCUCAGGAAACCAGAUCAUCACCUUGCCUUCCCAAGAGACGUGGGCUUGCCGGUGGCUGAAGUCCCUGGACCUCUCCAAGAACCAGCUGGGAAAGAUGGACGAAGGGGCCAAAAUGAAGCGGAUUUCUUUCUUCAGUACCAGGAACCGAGGGCGUUCGAGCACAGAAACAGGUUCCACUUUGGAGUUUCCUGAAUUCUUGGCCGAGACUCUUGAAGUUCUCUACCUGAACGACAACCAGCUGGACUCCGUCCCGCAGUCGGUCUGCCUCCUCAAAGGGCUGUCGGAGCUUUACUUGGGAAACAAUGCAGGUAUUCAUGAGCUUCCUCCCGAACUUGGGCAACUGGCUAAUCUCUGGCAGCUGGAUCUGGAGGAGCUGAGCAUUGGCAACCUUCCCGCCGAGAUCAGGAAAGAGAGUCCCAAAGCCAUUUUAGCCUACCUGCGAGCACAGCUGCGCAAAGCGGAGAGAUGCAACCUGAUGAAGGUGAUUGUGGUGGGGCCCCCACGGCAAGGGAAAUCCACCCUGAUGGAGAUUCUGCAGACAGGGAAGGCUUCCCCGGCGAUGCCCAGCAACGCCACCAUCCGGACCUCCAAGUGGGAGCUGCAGAAACCCUCUGGGUUCAAGGCAAAGAUGAAUUCUGUCGCGUUUAACGUCUGGGAUAUUGGGGGUCCCGCCAGCAUGUCAACAGUCAAUCAGUGUUUCUUCACAGAUAAAGCAUUAUACGUUGUUGUCUGGAACUUAGCGCUGGGGGAAGAAGCUGUGGCAAAUCUUCAGUUCUGGUUACUGAAUAUCGAGGCCAAAGCACCAAAUUCAGUUGUGUUGGUGGUGGGAACUCACCUUGACUUGAUUGAAACCAAAUUUCGUGUGGAAAGGAUUGCCACCCUGAGAGCCUAUGUCCUGGCUGUGUGUCGAUCCCCUUCUGGCUCGAGAGCAACCGGCUUCCCAGAUAUCACCAUGAAACACUUACACGAAAUCUCAUGUAAGACGCUCGAAGGCCUAGAAGGUCUGCGGCACCUGAUCUAUCACAUCACCGUCAAUAUGAAGGACAUUGGGAGUUCAAUUGGCUCACAAAAGCUUGUUGGGAGAUUGAUACCAAGGAGUUACUUGAGUUUCCAAGCGGCCGUCAUAGCUGAACAACAGAGGAGAAGCCAAAGUGAUGAUCUAAAGCUCCUAUUUUUGUGCCGUGCUUUAAAGGCAUUGAAUGCACAAUUGUUUGCUCUGUGGUUGAGUGCAACACUCACAAUGUUCUGCCUAGCAGAUGGGGCACUUGCUGCCUUGAAAAGCACCGUUUCUGACCAGCUUGUGGCCUUUCUUUCCAGUUACCUUCUGCCCCACCUGCUUCCUGCCAAACCAGCCUUUGAUGUCCAUGGCUUGUGCCACCAGACCACAAACACCAUCCAAAGGGUGUUCAAGAUGAGUUUCGUCCCCAUUGGCUUUUGGCAGAGAUUUAUUGCCCGGAUGCUCAUCAGUCUUGCAGAUAUGGACCUGCAGUUCUUUGAAAACAAGAACACCAAGAGUAGGAACAAGAAGGCUGCGCUCUACAGCUUCGCCGGCACUCAGCGAAACAGAUGCAGCACUUUCCGGGUUAAAAGAAAUCACACCGUUUACUGGCAAGAAGGGCUGUUUGUCACUUUCGAUGGAGGUUUCUUGAGCGUGGAGUCUUCUGAUGUAAACUGGAAGAAGAAGAAAAGUGGCGGAAUCAAGAUUAUCUGCCAAUCGGAUGCCAGGGAUUUUUCCGCAAUGGCUUUUAUAACCGAUCAUGUCAAUUCCCUGAUAGAUCAGUGGUUUCCCGCCCUGACGGCCACGGAGAGCGAUGGGAGUUUACUGAUGGAGCAAUACGUCCCUUGCCCGGUCUGUUCAACUCCUAAAGCCAAAGGCGGGAAAGGCAGCCCGGACAUGGAAGGCACGCAGUACUUCAACAUGGAGGAUUGCGUUCUGGCCGCCAUCGAGUCAGACACCAUUGUUUGCGAUUGCCACCCAGAUAUCCCUGUGCCUUUGCAGGAGUUGGUUCCCGAGCUUUUCAUGACCGAUUUCCCAGCCAGGUUAUUCUUGGAAAACAGCAGACUGGAGUAUGCUGAAAAUGAAAGCAAUGUUCUUGGCCAAGGAGGAAGCGGGACCGUUAUAUACCAGGCCCAGUACCAAGGCAAACCGGUGGCAGUGAAGCGGUUUCAGAUUAAGAAAUGCCAGCGAUCUGCCUGCUCCGCGACAGACACAAUGCUGAGGCACCUGCGAGCCAUGGAUGCCAUGAAGACCUUCUCCGAGUUCCGCCAGGAAGCCUGCAUGCUCCACUCCCUGCAGCAUCCUUGCAUCGUCUCCUUGGUUGGGAUCAGCAUCCACCCGCUCUGCUUGGCCUUAGAGCUGGCCCCGUUGGGAAGCCUCACCACGGUGCUUGCAGAAAACACCAAAGGAGCAUCUUUUGUGCCACUAGGGCACAUGUUGACCUUGAAAGCGGCAUACCAGAUUGCAGCUGGCCUGGCCUACCUCCAUAAGAAGAGCAUCAUUUUCUGUGACUUAAAGUCCGACAACAUCCUGGUGUGGUCUCUGGCCAUGGAGGAGAGCGUCAAUAUCAAACUGUCGGACUAUGGGAUUUCCCGGCAGUCCUUCCACGAAGGGGCCCUCGGUGUGGAGGGGACGCCUGGCUAUCAAGCCCCGGAGAUACGGCCCCGGAUUGUCUAUGAUGAAAAGGUUGACAUGUUUUCCUAUGGGAUGGUGCUCUAUGAGCUGUUGUCUGGGCAGCGACCUGUCCUUGGGCAGCAUCAGCUCCAGAUUGCAAAGAAGCUCUCCAAAGGGAUCCGGCCCAUCCUGGGCCGCUCGGAAGAGGUCCAGUUCCACCGAAUGCAGGCCUUGAUGGUGGAGUGCUGGGACACCAAGCCUGAAAAGCGUCCAUUGGCCACCACCGUGGUAGGACGGAUGAAGGACCCCGCCUUUGCAACCUUCCUGUACCUGUUGCCGUGUGGACAACAGUCGUCUUUCUUCUCUUCCCAAGGACAAGAGAACACCGUUGUGUUCUGGGACGGGAAGGAAGAUACCAGAAACUAUACUGUUGUGAAUACAGAGAAAGGAUUGAUAGAAGUUGCAAAGUUAAGCUGCCCGGGAAUGAAGCUGUGCUGCCAACUGAAAGUCCAGAGCUCCCUAUGGACGGCCACAGAGGAUCAGAAGAUUUAUGUGUACGGUUUACGCGGCAUGUGUCCUCUGAAUGCUCCUCAAAAAGGUGUUGACACUCCAGCAGUUGUCACCUGUUUCCUUGCAGUGCCCAUUGCGAGAAAGAACUCUUACCUGGUGUUGGCGGGCUUGUCAGAUGGCCUUAUAGCUGUUUUCCAAGAGUCGCAAGGCGUCCCGGAGGACAGCUGUCGCUACCUGUGCUCCCACACAGCUAACCGCUCCAGGUUCCGGCUCAGCGACGAUGACCCUCGGCAGAAUCCUUACCCCGUAAGGGCGAUGGAGACUGCUAACAAUGGGACAGAAGUCUGGUACAGCAAUGGGCCCGGCCUGCUGGUCAUUGACUGUGCAGCCAUGGAGAUCACGAGGCGGCUGGAACCCUACAGGCCCCCCUCCGUGGUGGUUUCCAUUGCAUGCAGCUCCGCGUGUGGUGGGGAGGAAGUGGCCUGGUGCCUGGAUGACGCAACCAACUUCCUGGUGAUGUACUACACCGCUAGCUACCAGCUCUGCGCCCGCUAUUUCUGUGGGGACCAAAGUCCCUUGCGGGAUAUGUUCGCCCUUCAGCCACCGCCCACCUCGAUUCCCACCACGUUGACUGCACGUGGGAGCACGGUUCCAGAGAGAAGCUCUUUAGCAGGCACGGCCAUUCUGCAAAGCCAAGAGCUGGGGAUCCAAAUACUCAACCACCAGGACUCUCUGACGGACUACUGCUCGGUGUCCUCUCACUCGCCCUUGCCUGCCAACCAGAUGAUGAGAUCCUUCUCAAGCCUGCCAAGCUCCCCCACAAGCUCUUCCAGUGUGCCUUUCUCAACAGAUGGUGAGGAACUAGAAAAGCCUCAGGAGCAAAGCCUUCUUCCCGUGGUGAGGCCUGUAGAGGAUUUGGCACCGGCCAGUGAAGACAUUAGUUCCCUGCAAGCCGUGAGAAUCCUCCCUGUGAAAGACCUCAUAUGGAUCCCCAGACGAGGAGGGGAUAUCAUUGUGAUUGCGCUGGAGAAGGAAGCCGCCUCUCACCGGGGCAGAGUCAUUGCUGUGCUGAAGGCUGCAGAGCUGGCUGCCUAUGGGUCCCUGGUGGACGCCACCCUGGCCAAGGAGCGCGUUGUGUGCUGCUUUCAGAAUGAGACCAAGGAGUGCUGCCUGGCUGCCUGGAGCGGCUGGGGCGCCCAAGACUUUGAUGCUUUCUACCAUUCGUAUGAAGAGCUGGGGAGGCUUGAGGCCUGCAUGCGGAAGAGACAGUAGUACACAAUGGGUGGGUACUUCGUAGUCACCGAAAACGGACGGAAGGCAGGCAAAAGCCACACUGGGAUCUUGCUUGGGUGGAUGUUCUUCUAAUUUUGCUGCUAAAAGAGAUUCUUGCAUUGGAUCUGUUUGUCAUGUCAUUACAUGUCAUCCAACUUGCAUCCUUAUCCCAGUCAAGCACACCUGUGAAUCCAAUCACCACCAUCUCUGCAAAGUCAAAGUGCCCUGUAUUCUUACACAAUGCAUGGCUUGCAAUUUCAAAAACAAAGUACAGCCCAUAAGUCGUACCUCUGUGUUUAUGUUAGUGGUGGAUUCCACAGCAAUACAACACUGUUCUGAGUCAGCAAUGCCUUACAGGAGGUGGAAGUAGCACCUGUUCAAAGCGGUGCCGUGGUGCGGAAAGGGAAUAUGUUUUACUCCACAAUUCUGUUUGUACCUUGGUUCUUACCAAGGUACAAACCUUGCUAAGUGUUGGGUGCAGCACUGUAUAUGUAUUAUGAAUAUAAUUUUGAAGUCAUCUGCAAGGAUGACAAGAAGAUCCUACAAAGGCUGAACAGACUGGGUUGUCUACUAGCUUGGUUGAUCCAGCUCGUUAAUUUCUAAUAUUGUUAUGAAAUCGUAAAUAAAAUACCUUUAGAAGCGAUA